UUUAGAGAUUUUGGAGCAAAUAUUGGUUCUACGUGGGAGUAAAUAAGGGACUAAGGGAGAGUUUCCCUCCCCCAUGAAUUCCACUGAAGUAAACAGGGGGGAGAGAAAGAAGAUUUUGAAAGGAGGGGGUUAUAAGUGAAAAAAGGGUAAAACUUUAACUCUGUAAGCUUUUUGCCUCAAGUCUCCUCCUCUCCUCGUUAUCCGUUUCGCUUCUUUCUCUGUAACCGAAAAGGAGGGAAGAGGGAAGAGGGAAGAGGGAAGAGGGAAGAGACUGCACGGCGGGGAGAGAGACGCCACCGGGACAAGCAAAUGCACGAGAAGCCAUGUCCGAAGGCACCGAACCCUCCUCCUCUUCCCUAGCCCUCCUCCAUCACCACCAUCACCACCCACAGCAGCAACAGACGCCGCCGCCGCCGCCGCCUUCGACGGCUUCCCCCUCCGUCGCAGGUGCCAUCGUCCGUGGCUAUCGAAAGGGCAACUGGACCCUCCACGAGACUCUCAUCCUCAUCACCGCCAAGCGCCUCGACGACGAGCGCCGCGCUGGCGGGUCAUCCUCCUCCGCCCAUUGCUCCCCCUCCGCCUCCACCCCUGCCGCUGCCGUGCCCAGGUCGGCGGAGCAGCGGUGGAAGUGGGUGGAGAACUACUGCUGGCGCAACGGGUGCCUGCGGAGCCAGAACCAGUGCAAUGACAAAUGGGACAACCUCCUUCGCGACUACAAAAAGGUGCGCGGCUACGAGGCCCGUGUCGCGGCCGCCCACGCGGGGGAGUUGCCCUCCUACUGGGCCAUGGAGCGGCACGAGCGCAAGGAGCGCAACCUCCCCACCAACCUCGCAGCUGAGGUCUUCGAGGCUUUGACCGACGUCCUAGGUCGCCGCGCUGCACGCCGGGCGAACGCCGCCGCCACUCCCGUCUCUACUCUCCCUCCGGCGCCUAUUCCGCUCUCACCGCCUCGAUUUCCGCAACCCCCUGUAAUCCCGACGGCGCCUCCACCUCUUCCGGAGCCGGCGGCGGCGCCACCCACACUGCCGCCAGGGCAUCCGUCCGCUUCGGUGGAGAUGUCGUCGGAUUCGUCGGAGUCGGAGAACGACGACGGAGCGGGAACGGCGGAGCCGGAGGCGAAGAGGCAGAGGCUGGGUUCGAGCGUGGUCCGUAGCGCAACGGUUCUGGCCCGCACGCUGCUCGCCUGCGAGGAGAAGCGGGAGCAGCGCCACCGCGAACUGGUGGAGCUGGAGGAGCGGCGGCUGCGGCUAGAGGAGGAUCGGACGGAGAUGCGGCGCCAGGGAUUUGCCGGCCUCAUCUCUGCCGUCAACAGCCUCUCCGGGGCCAUCCAUGCCCUCGUCGCCGAUUACCGCAAUGGCAACCACCGAUGAACCGGACCGGACGCCCCCCGACUCGAACCUGCGCCGACUUGGAAUCGUGAGCGGUUCGGUUGUAAAUAAAUGGCUUUAAAGUGGGUAUCAAUUUUUUAUUAUCCGUCUCGUAUCGAGUGACGUGGUACGAUACCCGCUACUCUAUUCGUACCAAUUGUGGACCACCACGGCCCGUACAUUGAAUUCCCAAGAAAAAAUAUAACUUUAUUUUCCUAAAA